AUGCCGAUCUCGCGUGAGGAUCUUUUCGCUUACACCAAUGGCCAUUUUCUCAUCGACGAAGAACAUCAACUUAGCCGACGAUAUGUCCGGUUCGACUUGGACGCGCUUUGCGGUACAGCUGCCAUGGCUGGAGGAGAUUCCAGCCGCGUGGCGGCUAUUGACAAAAUGGAAGGGCGGUUCAGCAAGGCUUUUCUGAUGAAGAGGACAGAUGGAACGGAUGUCAUAGCCAAAAUCCCAUGCCGCAUUGCUGGCCCGCCCUCAUUAACAACAGCUGGUGAAGUGGGAGUUCUAGAAUAUGUUAGGAGACACACUAGCAUUCCUGUGCCUCGUGUUCUUUCUUGGUCAUCUGAUGGCUCAAAUGCCGUGGGGGCCGAAUAUAUCAUCAUGGGGAAAGCCGCCGGGGUCCCUCUGUUUCAAGUCUGGGGCAAUAUGACGGAAUUCGAAAAAUUGCACUUGAUCAAGAAUUUGACCAAGCUUGAGGCUCAGUUGGCGACCAUUAAGUUUCCCGCCUACGGAGGUCUGUACCUUCGGACCGAUAUGAACAGGUCAAACCGGUCACUCGCUAGUGAUAUCGAUCCAUCCCAGCCUUUUUGCAUUGGACCUUCUUGCGACCGGGCAUUCAAAACCGAUAUGACGCUGGAAUUUGAUCAAGGGCCUUGGGAUUCAAUUUCAGGCUUUGGAAUAUCCAUUGCACAGCGAGAAUUGUUUCGAAUAUCGAGAGAAGGACAACAAAAUCAGUCGAUUUAUUGCAAAGGAACUUUUGAUCAACAAAGCCAGCUCUUGGGAGUCACUAUGGGUCUCAUGAAGCUCUUGGACUCGAAUGACUUAUUGAGGAAAGCUUGUCAGCCUACAUUGUGGCACACCGAUCUUCAUAUGGGAAAUAUUUUUGUCGACCCAGACGAGUUUUCAAAAAUCCUUUCCCUCAUUGAUUUCCAGUCAACGUCUGUGCUUCCCGCGUUUCUCCAGGCCCAGUGGCCCAUAUUUCUCAGGCCUCCGCAGAAUUACGAUUACGUGAAGGGAAUUUUCCAACCAAAGCUGCCUGACGACUUUGACAAACUCGAUGAAGAGAGCAGAUUUAUUGCUUUGUGUGAAUGGUCCCAGGUAAAAUUGGCGAAGGCUUAUGAGGUGUCAACCUAUCUUGAAGACAGGGCAGCGCAUGAUGCUAUGAGCGUACCUCGUGUCUUCCGAGAACUGUUUAUCCGAUGCGGAGAAGUUUCUGAAGUGGGCAUCGUUCCGCUUCGUGCGUGCUUGAUAGAAAUAUUUCAGAAUUGGUCAAGCCUUGGAUUCUCUAGGAACUGCCCUUAUUCAUUCAGCCAAGCAGAAAUUGAAGAGCAUGAACGCCAGUUCGCUGAAUACCAGGCUUGGUAUGAGGUUCGAGCGCUUGCUGAAGAGUGUCUUGGUACUGAUGCAGAAGGGUGGAUUGCGCCGCAAUUGGACAUCAACGAGAAGAGAAGGCAGAACGAGGAGCUUAUGGCCCUGUAUAUUGAAAAGGUCGCCGGAGAGAGAUCCGCGAAGGAGGCGAAGGCGAUGUGGCCUUUCUUUCCUUGA